AUGGUGGCGCAACUGGUCAGCUACUACUUGCGAGCCGCCGUGGCUUCGCCCAAGCUCCUCUACGAUCAUGGCAUGCCCAACGGAGAGGUCCUGGACAUGGCCUAUCUCACCGACGAGCUUCUCAUCAGUGCAGGCCCCACCAACGACUACCGACGCAGCUUCUACCGGCCCGCUACUGCGGAGCUCAAACAGUAUCUGGAUUCCAACCAUAAGGACGGCUGGCUAGUGUACAACUUCCGAGCCGAGCCGUCGGGCUACGAGGACUCCGAUCUCGACAAUCGUGUCGUCCACUUGCCCUUCAGAGACCACACCCCUCCGCCCUUCUUUUACAUUCCCCUGUUCAUCGAGUCCAUUCGAGACCACGUUGGCGGUGCCAACCCAGCCAAGCGAACACCUCCAAGCACACCCCCUCGGGCCCCGUCCAGUGACUCCGUGGACACAGAUACCUCCACACGCCCCUUGGCCCCUUCCCAGUCGUCACUUCUCGAGGGGAUUUCCUCGGACCCUUCUCUGGUCCCCACCACAGACGUGUCGUCGCUUCAGCUGUGGGAACGCAGCGACUCGGGACGGUCCCACUCUUCGGGAUCGGACGACACCAGCCUGGCAUCUCAGAUGUCGGUUAACUCACAGAUGUCGCAGGUUAGUCAGGCGUCGUCCCAGUCCCAGAUCAGCCGCAUCUCGGGCUCUCUGCAAAGCUCCAUCGGGUCCACCGUCUCUGCACCAAGAGUGGCAGUUCUUCACUGUAAGGCGGGCAAGGGACGAUCGGGGCUCAUGGGAUGCGCCUUUUUGGUGGCUGAGCGGGGCUGGUCUGUCAAGAACGCCGCCGACAGCUUCACUCGGGUGCGGAUGAGACCUGGGUUUGGCGAAGGGGUCUCUAUUCAGAGCCAAAAGCGCUACCUCAAUUACACCUACGACUGGGCUCAGGUGAUUGCUCGUCAGUACAGGGAUAUCAAGGUCGACCUGGACUACAUUCGGGUGUGGAAGCCCCAGUAUUCGGACAUUGUCAUCACCCUAUCCGACUACGAGAACGAUAGUGACCGGGCCGAGUACUCUCCCUCUGCCAUUCCCGAGGUCAAGAAACGAUACAUCUCCAGCCCGGAGGACCUCACGAACGAGACGGACGACUACAUUACCUUCCGGCCCAAGGAGACUGUGUCACUAACAGGUGACUGUCGAGUCAAGGUCAAACAUGUCGUGGCCAAUCCGUUUAGCCUUCCUCUUGUGGAUGGCCAAGGCGAUGCUUGGUUCAACCUCUUUUUUGAGACCUUUCGAGUUCGGGAGGGUGCGUAUGACUUCCACAACACCGAGGGCAUGUUUUCCGUAUCGUGGAGUCACAUGGAUGGGUUCCGGGGCAAUUUCCAGAAGGGAAUGUGGCUCUGUGAACGGGUGGAGGUCGGGUGGAGGGUCGCCCAGUCCCAGGAGGGCACCGUCCAAGAAUCAUAG